AUGAACAACAAUAACAACAGCAGCACCAGCACCAUUACAACCACCAACACCAAAACCAACAACAGAAUCUCCAAUACAAGAAAUGGCAACAGCACCACUCAGGCUUGCGCUGCAUGCAAGUACCAACGUAGAAAGUGUGCACCCGAUUGCAUUCUCGCACCGUAUUUCCCUCACGAUCGACAGCGCCAGUUUCUCAACGCUCACAAGUUGUUCGGAGUAAGCAACAUCACCAAAAUCAUUAAGGUUGUCAGCCCUCGCGACAAGGACCAAGCCAUGCGCACCAUAAUCUACCAAUCCGACAUGCGUGCCUCCGACCCUGUCGGCGGCUGCUACAGGUACAUUGUCGACCUGCAGACUCAGAUUGAGUACUGCCGAGCCGAGCUCGACCUCGUCCUUCAACAACUCGCCAUGUUUCGAGCUCAGGCUCAGCACCAGAAUCAGCACCAGUAUCAGCACCAGCACGGUAUCUAUGCUCCCAACAGCGUUAACGUCACCGUUAAUGGAGAUGGUGAGGUUUUGAACGCCGACCCGAUGGGGCUGUACGCCCAGCAACAGUAUCAGUGUCUGCAGCCACACCAACAGGAGCAGUAUGUUAUGAUGCAUGAAAAUGGGAGCCAGAACUUCAACGGCGCCACCCCUUUGCAGGAACAGAUGAACACGUGGGCUGUGCAGAACACUGCUGUGUCGCUUUCUUCGUUGUCGUUGCAAGGACAGAGUAGUAAUGUUAGCGAUGAAUACGAUCACAAGGCCGUCAUUGACAUUGAUUCUGAUGAGAGAAGUGAGUUAGGGUUCGAGUCUGAAGAAUUAGUCCAUCGCAGUGAUGAAUCAGUGUUGUUUAAGAUAGAUGAUGCAGUAAUAAAAGCUGAGGGUGACUGCAUGCAACAAGCUCAAGAGCAUGAUCUGAAAGGUGCAGCAACAUCGUUUAGCCUCACAAACUGUACUUGCUGA